AAAUGAGUUUCCUGAGCCGCUUCAUCCCAACAGUAACUGCACGCACCGCUAUUCGAUUUGCAUCUAAUGGAAGGCUCUACACUAAAAAACACGAAUGGAUCGUGGUAAAUCAAUCUGUUGGAACCGUCGGAAUCACUGAUUUUGCUACGGAACAGCUGGGAGAUGUGGUAUUUAUUGAGCUCCCGGAGGCUGGUGUGGAAAUUGAGAAGGGAGAUUCUACAGGAGCGGUGGAGAGUGUCAAGGCAGCUUCUGACAUUUACGCUCCAGUGAGUGGGAAGAUUUUGGAAAAAAAUACGAAACUUGAAGAUGAGCCGGGAAUUAUCAACAAAAGCCCACUGGAGAAGGGUUGGCUUUACAGACUUGAAAUUACCAGCAACGAACAGCUCAACGAACUAUUAACUGAGGAGCAAUAUAACAAGUUCAAGAGUGAAGAAGAGGCCGAGCACUAAAUUGUUUUUUGUUGAAAGUUUUGACCUAUUUUUUUGAUACAGGUGUCACAUAGGCAACUAAU